ACUGCUCUGCUACUGCAAGGAGCAAACUCAAAGACUGCUCCGCUGCAAAAGAAGCAAGCCAUUCAACCUCCAAAAAUGACUUACUUUGGGAUUAACAUAGCGGAUUUCUCAUGGACUUGCCUGAGAGAUUUUGAUUUCUCUUCUUUGUGCUCCCAAAGUAGCAUAUUAGACAUUAUAAAACUACUUUUUCUCGGCGUCUUCUACACGUCUUUGCUUAUUACAUUAAUCAGAAGACGACCUGCAUGUGGCAGCAACAGAAAGAACUGGGUUUUCCCAGUUGUCUCGGUUUGUUGUGCUAUCAUUAGCAUUGCACAUUUUAGCAAUGGGUUGAAGUUGUGGAAUCAGCAGAGCUCUUUAGCUUGUAUUUUCAGAGCAUUUGUAUGGCUUUCUUUUACAGUUUCAUUGCAUGUUCAGAGAAACAAAUGGAUCAAAAUUCUAAACUCUAUUUGGUGGGCAUCUUCCUGUGUAUUGGCUUCAGCUCUCAACAUUGAAAUUAUGUUCAAAGAGCAUGCAGUUGAACUUUUUGACAUGGUACAAUGGCUUGUACAUUUCUUACUUCUCUUUUGUACUUUCCAAAAUCUUGGUUAUUUUGUCACUUCCCAAGGUAUCCAAGAUACUACAAGUUUAUCUGAACCUUUGAUAGCUCAGAGAGUUGAAACUACACAAACACAACUAGGCCAUGCUACCCUUCUCAGUAAGUUGACUUUCUCUUGGGUUAAUUCUUUACUCAGACUGGGUUACUCAAAGCCACUAGCUCUUGAAGAUAUCCCAUUUCUUCAUUCUGAAGAUGAAGCAGGCUCGGCCUACCGAAACUUUGUGCAUGCAUGGGAAUCCCUUCUGAGGGAGAACCGCAAUAACAAUACUAAAAACUUGGUUCUUUGGUCUGUAGUAAGAACUUUCUCAAAGGAGAACAUAAUAAUGGGAUUUUACACAUUACUCAGAAGUAUUUGCAUGAUAGUUUCUCCAAUAAUACUCUAUGCUUUUGUAAACUACUCAAAUAGAACUGAGGCAGAUCUCAAAGAAGGUUUUUCCAUACUGGGUUUUAUGAUUCUCACCAAAGUGGUUGAGUCUGUGUCCCAGAGACACUUCUGUUUUGGCUCAAGGAGGUCAGGAAUGAAAAUUAGAUCAGCUCUGAUGGUGGCAGUGUAUCAGAAACUGCUAAAGCUUUCUAGCUCAGCUAGGAGAAGGCACUCAACUGGAGAAGUUGUGAAUUACAUUGCUGUUGAUGCGUAUCGAUUGGGAGAAUUUCCUUGGUGGUUUCAUAUAACGUGGACUUCUGUAGUGCAACUUGUUUUGUCUAUUCUUCUCCUUUUCUGUGUUGUGGGUGCUGGUGCUCUUCCAGGUUUAGUCCCUCUUCUCAUCUGUGGACUUCUCAAUGUACCAAUGGCAAAGAUCAUACAAAAUUCUCAGUCACAAUUCAUGAUGGCACAAGAUGAGCGUCUCAGAUCAACUUCAGAAAUUCUAAACAAUAUGAAGAUCAUCAAGUUACAAUCCUGGGAGGAUAAAUUCAAGAACUUAGUUUUGUCCCUACGUGCUAAAGAAUUCAUAUGGUUGUCCAAGGCACAGAUCAUAAAAGCUAAUGGAGCAUUUCUGUAUUGGAUGUCUCCUACCAUUGUUCCUUCUGUUGUUUUCCUCGGAUGUGCUCUUUUCAAUAGUGCCCCAUUGAAUGCUGGAACCAUUUUCACAGUCGUUACAGCAUUGAGGAUAAUGGGAGAACCUGUUCGAAUGAUCCCAGAGGCUCUAUCUAUUAUGAUCCAAGUUAAGGUCUCCCUUGAUCGUCUCAAUACCUUCUUGCUUGAUGAAGAGCUAGAUAGUAUUAAUGAUUAUGGAAGAAAUAUAAAGCAAAGUCCCGUUAAUGCAGUGGAAAUACAAGCUGGCAACUUCAUUUGGGAACAUGAAUCAGUGUCCCCAACUUUAAGAGAUGUGAAUUUGGAAAUCAAAUGGGGACAGAAAAUUGCAGUUUGUGGGCCGGUUGGUGCUGGAAAAUCAUCUCUUUUGUAUGCAGUACUUGGAGAGAUUCCCAAGAUCUCAGGAACUGUUAAUGUAGGUGGCACCAUAGCCUAUGUUUCUCAAACUUCUUGG